AUGGCACAGAUUCUAAAGAAAUACCAACAUCUCGUCCGAUAUGCCCACUGGGCUUACUACGACGGGCCCGAGUUUCGGUCGGCGGCGACUGAUUUGCAAGGAGACUUCAGGUACCGGUCUCUCGAGAUCAUCACGCCGUUCUUCAAGCAUACCCUGAGGUCCUUAACGCCCAACACCCACGUCCACUUAGGGAUCCGUAACCAGCACACCAUCGUCCUGGCUUUCCGGGGAACCGAUUUUCCCAUCAAUGUUGGGAGCCUCAUCAGGCCUAAACGGUGGACCCAAUGGCCCGAGGCCGAGAUCACCUGUCUCACUCUCGGAUCCCCCCGCGUCGGCAACACAAACUUUUGCCAGCACUUUGGCCAGAGCAACAUUCUUACCUACCGCGUUGAGGUAAUGGGCGACCCCAUCCCCACCGUGCCGGACCGCUUCACGCAAGCCUUGCCUGGAAAGCUACCUGCAAGCCACCUUGACUGGACAACAGACGACAAGAGGUACCACCAUGUUGGCAUCCCGAUCCUUCUGCACGAGGAAGGCGCCAGUAUCCUGGAUUCCAUCGGCUAUGGCGUUGAGCGACCGGAUAUUGAGGCCGAGGAAACAGCCCCUCCAUUGCCCGCCAUCAUUAGAGUUCCCUACGAAUACGGGGGGUUCUUAGCGUACUGGGCGUUGAGAAGCAUUCGCAUGGCUCCGGAUAUUUGGAACUACCACGACCCAGCCAAGUACGAGUCCACCGUGCAGAGCAUCCUGGAACAGAUGCCUCGUAAGUGA